AUGGUUGAUCGCACCUUAUCCGAGACCUUGUCCGCUCGAUAUUACCAGCCCGGGCCUCCCUACGGGUCUCCGAACGAGCAGAGCCAGCGCCGUAAAUCUCCGCUGGACACCUCUGGAAGUGAAUCUGUUAUCCGAGAUAACCCGAGAUCUGAUGAUGAACCAAAGAAACGUGGCCGGCCGAGGAUGUCAUCUCCUGGAGGUCCCCGAAUGGAUCGCCGGACGCAGAUCCGAUGUGCUCAGCGAACGUAUCGCCACAAGAAGGAGGUCAUGUUCCGAACAUUACAAGAGCGCGUAGCAGAGCUCGAAGAAAACCUGAACGAGGUGUCAGACUCGCUAUUUGCAUUUUAUACUAUGGCGAUAGGCUCCGACUUGCACAUCACCCACCCAAAACUGUUCCACCGACUCAAGUGUACGGUUACUCAGCUGCAAGUGGCAACAGGCGGGUCCGGAAGGAGCUCUGAUCCCGGGUUCUUAGAUUCCGAAUCCAAAAGCAUAGGGGGGAGUGUGUCACCGGAGAUUCUCCUGCCUGGGAUGCAUCCUCCAACCGAUGCGCGCACGUAA